AUGACUACUUCUACCAAUCCGGCAGAACAAGCCUAUCUCGAUUUAUGCAAGCGUAUUAUUGAUGAAGGUGAGAAAAGACCAGACAGAACCGGUACCGGAACAAAAUCACUCUUUGCCCCACCUCAGUUAAGAUUCGAUCUUUCAGACGACACUUUCCCACUUUUGACCACCAAAAGAGUCUUCUCCAAAGGUAUCAUCCAUGAGUUACUCUGGUUUGUAGCCGGUUGCACUGAUGCCAAGGUUCUUUCCGAUAAAGGCGUCAAGAUCUGGGAGGGAAAUGGAUCAAGAGAAUUCUUGGAUAAGUUGGGUCUUACUGAUCGUCGUGAAGGUGACCUAGGCCCCGUGUACGGCUUCCAGUGGCGUCAUUUUGGUGCUGAGUACAAGACAUGUGACGAUGAUUACUCAGGACAAGGCUUUGAUCAGCUUCAAGACGUUAUUCAUAAGUUAAGAACGAAUCCAUACGACAGAAGAAUCAUCAUGUCCGCCUGGAACCCACCUGACUUUGCAAAGAUGGCCUUGCCUCCAUGCCAUGUCUUCUGCCAGUUUUACGUCAAUUUCCCCAGCAGUGAACCCGAGGCCAAUUCCUCAAAACUGGCAAAGACCGCCAGACCCAAGCUCUCUUGUCUCCUCUACCAAAGAUCCUGCGACAUGGGUCUUGGUGUGCCCUUCAACAUCGCCUCGUACGCUUUGUUGACCAAAAUGAUCGCCCAUGUUGUCGACAUGGAUUGCGGAGAAUUCAUUCACACCUUGGGUGACGCUCAUGUGUACUUGGAUCACGUCGAAGCCUUGCAAACCCAGUUUGAGCGCGAGCCAAAACAAUUCCCCAAGUUGCACAUCAAAGAGUCCCGCAAGGCAGAAAUCACCGAGAUUGAUCAUUUCAAGUUUGAAGAUUUUGAGAUUGUGGGCUACGAGCCUCACGCCUCCAUCAAGAUGAAGAUGAGUGUAUAA